UUCCCCGCCCACCAGGGUGGCGCCAGCUGCCGAGGCCGCCAAGCUUCCCAGCUCUCCCUCUGUGCUCGGCCCAGAGCGGAGGCCAAAAGAGGGCUCUGUGCCCGGCCCCAAUGAGGACACUACUGACCAUCCUGGCUGCAGCUGCAGGAUCCCUGGUUGCUCACAUCGCUGAGGACACUUCGGAUCUUCUUCAACAAGUGAAAUUCCAGUCCAGCAACUUCGAAAACAUCUUGAUGUGGGACAGCGGGCCAGAGACCCCUCAAGACACGGUCUACAGUGUUGAGUAUAAGAAGUACGGAGAGAGAGAGUGGCUGGCGAAGGAGGGCUGCCAGCAGAUCACUCGGAGGUUCUGCAACCUGACCAUGGAGACGGGCAACCUCACAGAGCUCUACUAUGCCAGGGUAACUGCCGUCAGCGCGGGAGGCCGGUCAGCCACCAAGAUGACCGACCGUUUCAGCUCACUGCAACACACUACCAUCAAACCACCUGAUGUGACCUGUACUCCAAAGGUGAGAUCCAUCCAGAUGGUUGUCCAUCCCACCCCCACGCCCAUCCACGCAGGGGAUGGCCACCGGCUAACCCUUGAGGACAUCUUCCAUGACCUAUUCUACCACUUAGAGCUCCACAUCAACCACACCUACCAAAUGCACCUUGGAGGGAAGCAGAGAGAAUAUGAGUUCAUUGGCCUGACCCCUGACACAGAGUUCCUUGGGACCAUCGUGAUUUUUGUUCCAACCUGGUCCAAAGAGAGUGCCCCCUACAUGUGCCGGGUGAAGACGCUGCCAGAUCGGACUUGGACCUACUCCUUCUCGGGUGCCUUCCUGUUCUCCAUGGGCUUCCUCGUCGCAGGGCUCUGCUUCCUGAGCUACAAAUAUGUCACCAAGCCGCCUCCUCCUCCCAACUCUCUGAACGUCCAGCGCGUACUGACCUUCCAGCCUCUGCAGUUCAUCCAGGAGCAUGUCCUGAUCCCCAUCUUUGACCUGAGCGGCCCCAGCAGUCUGGCCCCACCUGUCCAGUACUCCCAAGUCAAGGUCUCCGGGCCCAGGGAGCCCUCAGAAGCCCCACCACGGCACAGCCGCUCUGAGGUCACCUACCUCGGGCAGCCGGACAUCUCCAUGCUCCAGCCCUCCAGCGUACUGCCUCCCCAGACACUGUCCCCACUGUCUUAUGCUCCCCAGGCUGUCCCUGAGGUCAAGCCUCCAUCGUAUGCACCGCAGGUCACCCCAGAAGCCGCACCCCCAGUCUACAGUCCACAGGCCAUCUCUGAGGUCCAGCCUCCUUCCUAUACCCCUCAGGUCACUCCAGACAGCUGGCCUCUUUCCUAUGGGAUGUGCAUGGAAGGAUCUAGCAAAAACUCCCCACCUAUGGCCCUCUCUAGUCCCAAACACCUCAGGCCUAAAGCUGAGCUCCAGAAAGAGACACUAGCUGGAAACUACAUCCCAGGCGGCCUUUCCCUGCAGGGGGUCAUCUCCUCGGAUCUGGAGGAGCCAGGAGAAGCAAAAUCCUUCCACCAGCCCCUGGGGGUUCACAUGGACAGAGGGGAGCCAGGGACACCAGGGUGCCUAAAGGGCCAGCUGCCCCUCCUCUCCUCUGUCCAGAUCGAGGGCCAGCCCAUGUCUCUCCCUUUGCACACUCCUUCUCUCCCGUGUUCCCCGGCCGACCAGGGGCCAAGUCCCUGGGGCCUGCUGGAGUCCCUCGUGUGUCCCGGUGAUGAGGGUCCCGUGCCUGAGGCUGAGGCUCAGAGGCCAGGCCCUCAGCCCUCUGACCUGGAGCAGCCCCCAGAGCUGGACUCCCUGUUCAGAGGCCUGGCCCUGACGGUGCACUGGGAGCCCUGAGCGGAGAACAGGGCAGGUCUUCGUUCCUGUCCCUGCCCCACCUCACACCCCCGGCUGCUCCCACUCCUGCCCACGCUGCGGCCUCUGCAGCCCGGCUGGGCACCCUGGAGAGAUCCAGGGGGAGGGAACACAGGGCCCCUGCCACGGGUAAGCUCCCACCGAAGCAAAGAAGCACGACGAGGACUCCGGCCAGAGGAGUUACAGGCAUGUAUCACCUGCGUGCAGAGCUCUGCGGGGCCUGUCCGGUGGCUAGUGUGUAAGGAGUAGGUGCAGGGAGACUUCCUGGGGCCCCAGAGCCCCCAGCUUCUGAACCACUGGCUGCAAAGUUUUUCAGAGGCUACCUCUCUUCACCUCACUCCUGGCCAGUUCCAUGAUGUAAUUCGACAGAGUGAGGUCUCUGCCUCCUCUGUGACUCCCCCAAAAUGAGGACAGGAGUCUGGAAAAGGGCACCUCACAGCAGACGGGGCAGAACCAGAGAAACCUGUGUGUCUGCCAAGGCCAGAGGUCGUGAGCUGGGGAGACGCCUUCCCCGCCAACACUGCUGCUGAAACUGCGCCACUCCAGCUCGGCUCCAACGGGACGGAGUGCAGGCCCACCGGGGACGGAGGAUGCACACAGCUUUUCUGUCCCUAUCCUGAGAGCAGGGUUUGAAAGGAGCAUGGGACCAUGGAGCCAUGGGGCCCUUGAAGGAGACGCAGCAAGAAGCUGUACUUAUUUCACAACUUUGGAAAGUCAGGCCUUGGGUUCAGCCCAUCUGGGUCCAAAUUCCAGCCUCGCCAUUUACCAGCUGCAUGACUUCAAGCACACAUGAAUCACUGUUUCCUCAUCUGUAGAAUGGGAAUAAUACCUAUCUCACCAGACUAUGGUGAGGAUGAAAUUAAAUAAUGUCUGUAAAGUG